AUUAAGUGAUGUUUGAAGUGCUAAAAACGGAGUAUGACGUGAGAUUUCUGUUUUACUUAAAAAAUAAGUGCUAAUAUCGCAACAACUAUGAAGUAGUGAUGCAGCCAAUAGUAUUAUACUUAGAUUUUAGUACUUAAUUUUUUAAUUAUUCUUACAAUAUAAAGACGAAAUGAGAAUUUGUGCUUUAUUUGUCUUUUUAAUUAGUAUUAGUAUUGUUACUGUUGACUUCACAGUUGCCCUACACAAAAAUCUGCGAUAUUAUGAAAAAUUAGAUGCUUCAAACUUUGAGCACCGCAUUGUUAAAAGAGGCACUAAGCAUAGUAGUAAUCCUUUCAACAAAAUAAGUGAACUUAAUUUUUAUACUCAUGGAAGGCAAUUUCGAUUGAUUUUAACACCUAGAAAAGAAGUUAUUCAUUCAAAGUUCAAAGCCUAUGAAGUUGAUGGAGAUGGAAAAGAAAAAUCAGUUCAUAUGGAUCAUGAAAGUUUUUAUCAUGGCAGAGUGUUUGGAGAAACUAAUUCCCAUGUUCAAGUGCAUAUUGAUGAUGGUGUUAUGACAGGAACUAUUGCUGUUCCUGAUGAAACAUACCAUAUAGAGCCAUCAUGGAGACAUCUUCCAGAAGUAAACAAUCAAACAAUGAUUGUCUACAAAGCAUCAGAUGUUAAACUAAGCUGGGAGCAUUACCAAAAUGGAGAGGGGCAUACACAUAGUGCUCCGAAAACGUGUGGAUUUGUGAAAGAAGGAGAAGAAUUUACAAAUGAAGAUACUGAUGAACAAGAAAAGAGUGGACACAGUAAUCGAACAAAAAGGCAAACAGAAACUUAUGAAUAUACUCCAACAAAAACAAGGUGCCCAUUAUUAUUAGUUGCUGAUUACAGAUUUUAUCAAGAAAUGGGUGCUAGUAGUACUAAAACUACAAUUAAUUACUUGAUCAGCUUGAUUGAUCGAGUACACAAAAUUUAUAAUGAUACAAUGUGGCAAGACCAUAAAGAGCAAGAUGGUUUUAAAGGAAUGGGGUUUGUCAUUAAGAAGAUAGUGGUUCACAGUGAACCAACGCGUGUUAGAGGCGGUGAUACUCAUUAUAACAUGGUCAGAGAAAAAUGGGACGUUAGAACACUUCUUGAGGUUUUUAGCAGAGAAUACAGCCAUAAAGACUUUUGCCUAGCACAUCUAUUUACGGAUUUGAAAUUUGAAGGAGGUAUUUUAGGUCUUGCAUAUGUAGGUUCACCUAGACGAAAUUCUGUUGGUGGAAUUUGCACUCCAGAGUAUUUUAAAAAUGGUUACACUUUGUAUCUAAACUCAGGCUUGAGUUCUAGUAGAAAUCACUAUGGACAGAGAGUAAUCACACGUGAGGCAGAUCUAGUUACAGCGCAUGAGUUUGGCCACAAUUGGGGUUCUGAACACGAUCCCGACAUAACUGAAUGCAGUCCAAGUGCAAGCCAGGGUGGUUCGUAUUUGAUGUACACUUACAGUGUUAGUGGUUACGACGUAAAUAACAAGCGUUUCAGUCCAUGCAGUCUCCGCGCAAUCCGUAACGUUUUACAAGCCAAAUCUGGACGCUGUUUCUCAGAACCUGAGGAAUCAUUCUGCGGCAAUCUGCGUGUCGAAGGUGACGAAGAAUGCGACGCUGGAUUAUUGGGAACCGAGGACAACGACGCGUGCUGCGAUAAAAAUUGCAAGCUUCGUCGCAAUCAAGGCGCCGUGUGCAGUGACAAGAAUUCGCCUUGCUGUCAGAAUUGCGCUUUCAUGGGCCCCGGAGUGAAAUGCCGUGACGCACAGUAUGCUACUUGCGAACAAGAGUCAAGAUGUACUGGUGCGUCGAGCGAAUGUCCCAGGUCGCCACCGAUGAAGGAUGGUACCGGCUGCUUGGAAAGAGGACAGUGCCAUCAAGGCAAGUGUGUGCCCUAUUGCGAGACUCAGGGAUUGACCAGCUGCAUGUGCGAUACGCCUACCGAUGCAUGCAAAAGAUGCUGUCGUAUGGGUCUGAACGAUACUUGUUUUCCAAUCGAUCCACAAGACAUUCUGCCCGAUGGUACUCCUUGCAUCCAAGGAUUCUGUAACAAAGGUACCUGCGAGAAGACAAUUCAAGAUGUUGUUGAGCGGUUUUGGGAUAUUAUCGAAGACAUCAACAUCAACAAGGUAAUGCGUUUCCUUCGCGACAAUAUCGUCGGUGCUGUGAUCCUGGGCACUGCUCUCGUCUGGAUCCCAGCAAGUUGCGUGGUCAGUUACGCGGACAACCGCCAAAUCAAAGACAACGAGAAAAAGUAUCGCUGGAAAAAUACCGAUCAACUAGUACAUCCGGACGAACAGAAACGAGUGAUCUACAUUGCGCCGCGACAAAGAGUCCCAAUUUCACAACAACAGCAGCAGCAAUCGUAAUACCAGUUGACGUAAU